AGCGCCAUCGGUCCGCGCAGACUCUUCCCCCAGGGGCGGGAACCAGCGGGGCCCAAAAUGGCGGCGAGCCGCUACCGGCGCUUUCUUAAGCUCUGUGAGGAAUGGCCAGUGGACGAGACCAAACGGGGCCGGGACUUGGGCGCUUACCUGCGGCAGCGGGUAGCACAGGCCUUUCGGGAGGGAGAGAACACCCAGAUUGCAGAGCCUGAAGCCUGUGAUCAAAUGUAUGAGAGCUUAGCGAGACUCCAUUCAAACUACUACAAACACAAGUACCCUCGCCCCAGAGACACCACCUUCAGUGGCCUGUCCGUGGAAGAGUACAAGCUGAUCCUGUCCACAGACACCCUGGAAGAGUUUAAGGAGAUGAAUAAAGGCAUGUGGAAGAAACUGCAGGAGAAGUUUGCCCCCAAGGAUCCUGAGGAGAAGCAUAAGGCCUGGGCUCGGUCCUUAUCUCGCCCACGUACCUAAGUGUGGAGUCUCGUCUCGCAUGUUGCCAUCGUCAAUAAAACUGCCCCGAUUUCCCCCUGA